AUGGCCCCUGGAUUUUACAUUAGAGAGGCAACCCCGGACGAUGUGGGCACUAUACUGCAAUUGAUCAUUGACCUUGCAACCUACGAAAAGGAACCGGAGUCGGUGAAGGCCACCCCAGAGCUUCUCCGUAAGAACCUCUUCGAAACGCCUUUCGCCCAUGCUCUCCUCGCGUUUACCGGGACCGUUGAGACUCCUGGCAACGCUGUCGGCCUAGCUUUGUUCUUCUUCAAUUAUUCGACCUGGACUGGCCGGCCUGGUUUAUACCUGGAGGACUUGUACGUCGCGCCCGAACACAGAUCUCUCGGCAUUGGCAAGGCCAUAUUCGGUCACUUGAGGAAGAUCGCACAGGAGAAGAAUUGCGCAAGACUGGAUUGGGCCGUCCUUAAGUGGAACCAGCCGUCCAUCGAUUUCUACGAGAAACGCCUGGGCGCGAAGCCCAUGUCCGAGUGGGUGGGCAUGAGGCUCGAAGAAGAGGGCAUCGAUAAUCUUAAGCAAUUCCUGUAG